AGGAUGAAUGGGGCUUUUCAGUCAUCACUUAUUGGCUGGUACAUCUUUCAUACAGCCACAUUGCUUACCUUGGCAUGGAAUCUCAGGCUGCCUCACUAAGUUUCCUUCUGUAAUAAGAAGGGAGGGCAAAGGGGACCUCUAACUAAGUUACUUUCUUUGGUAGUGCAUAGCUCGACGCAUCUCUUGUCUGUCUAAUAUCCAGAGUCACUCUAGAUCCGUAGUGCUAGCGAUCAUGGGCUCCUACAUCUCAAUCCACAAUAACACUCCGGACACUUACUUGGUGAAGGUUGGCCACGACGAAGCAGCCCUCAGCAUUGCAACCAUUGUCACUGGUCUAAUCGGGGCACUCGCUGCUAUCAUCGUCAGUGCAGGGGCACUCUCCGGUGUCUCAGCUGCUCUGGUCGCAAAUGGGGUGGUGAGCGUGUUUGGCAUCUCCACUGGCGCCAUAGCCACCAUUACGGCGGCUGCUGCAAGCAUCAAAGUCAUUUCAAUCGGCGCCACGGUUGUGGACUGGGCGGCUGCGACAGUUCUCUUCAUCACCAACCAGGUGCAGGCUGACGGCGGAUAUUAUGAGAUCCUCCCAGGGCAGAAGCGGACGUACGGCAGGUAUAGUUUGUCGCUAUGGCGCCAGGGGACCUGCUAUAGGAUCCGAGUGAACCCGGACAACCCAGAGCAGGUGAUCACCGAUGUGGUGUAUAUGAGGCCAAUCUUCAGUGGUGCGACAAAUAAUUCUGUUCUGGAGCACAACAUCCAGCACUGGAUCGACAGAUGGGGCCAUGAAGAUCAGCACGUCGUCACUUUGCAGAAGGAAAAUUUUUCCCUUUCCAGCAGGAACAUUUCGUUUGUGGAUGGCCAGCUGCGAGCGGAGUGUCGGGAUUCUAGCUGGCGCUGGCACAAUGCUGUCAUGGACCUCAACUAUUACUACGAGAAUAUUAAUGGCGUUGUCAAGACUGCAAAGAGAAAGCCGGGGAAUUUUACGCGGUCGUGCUCCGAGAUGGAGCUCAAAGGCGCUAAGAUUUUCGGAUUGGCAGAGACCGAGGACAAACGGAAGGUCAAGUUUGAGCUGGAUCUGGACAUUGACAUCGCCAACAAGGACGGCAGACUCAUAUGCAACGACCUCGCUAUAUAGCUGUGUCGUCUCCGUUUCCAUCAUGAACGCAAACGAAUCCAAGUUAAAUCUUAUGGUACCAAAUAAAUAGCAGCGGAUUCAGCAUAUUUAUAUUUGAGCAUUUUGCAUCAAGUGCCUCAGUUCCACAAGCUUUCCAACCAUAUCUAAGCACUGUUAAAUAACUGAAAUUUGCAAAUAAGCUACAUGAUAGAAAUCUGUAGCGAGAGUAAUUCAUAUGUGUGCUAUUGUUAUAAUUU